AAGCACGACCAAGGUGUACUCACCUCUAAGCUUUUCCAUCCUUUGAACCCUGGACAAUUUAUUGUGGUAUAUGGACGUGUGAACAGUGAUGCGAAAAGGUUCUCUGUGAAUCUCCUGCGUGGCGCACGACGCAUCCAGGAACCAGGUGCUGAAGCAGCGCUUCAUUUAGAUUUUCGUUUUGAUGAGGGCCAAAUCGUUAUGAAUACAAUGGUGCAGACUCUAAAAUGGGGUGAGGAAGAAAGAAUACCGAAUCCGUUUAGACGAGGUGCGGAAUUCCAUAUCAUCAUUCGAGCUUAUUUGAAUGAAUUCGAAAUAUUGGCGAACCACAAAAAGAUUACCGAUUACAAGAUGCGCCUUCCGCUCAAUUCAAUUCAAUACUUGACUGUGUACGGUGAUAUAACGGUGCUGGGUGCACGCUUGAGUGCUGAUUGGCCGAAAAGGCUUCCGAUCAGAACAUCUUUCGAUGGUGGUCAUUUUUUGAUUGGUGAGUGGUUUAGUGGUGUUUUUUCUUUUGUUUUUUUUUGUUUGGGUUGCAUAUAUCGCGUGGCCAAGAAUUCGUUCAUUUAA